UGGAGCUCCCGGUCCUAUUAGAGUAGAUGGGCGUGUAGCUAGGAUUCCGAUUGGCCAGCGCGGGUGGCUAAGGCGCCUGCGCGCUGGCUCACGUGGCUGUAGACGGCGGUGGUGACAGGAAAUGGCGGAGCAGACUUCUCGUCCUGAGCGGGUCCCUCACCGACGCCGGCCAGCCGCGCGGCCACCUCGCAGUGCCAACGACAUUUACGUGAACACAAAGACUGACUUCCGCGCCCAGCUGGCUCGGUGCCGCCGUCUCCUGGGCGCCGGGGGUGAGAAGGAGGUGAGGGUUCACGGGCUGGGCCUCGCCAUCGGCCGGGCCAUUAACCUGGCGCUGCAGCUACAACUGUCGGCACCCGAGGCCCUCAUGAUCUCCACCAGUACGUCCACCGUGGAGCUCACCGACGACUUGGAGCCCGAGGGAGGAGAAGACGGAGAGCCGGGCACCCGGAGCAGGAACAACUCCGCCAUCCACAUCCGGGUGUACCGAGCGGAGGAGGAGUGACGGCAGCUCUGCAGACAACGCCGGUGGCAUGCUGUACCGGCCCGGGCAAUGGCGGCUGCUGGACGUUCAUUGUGGUGGAACUUGGCUCUGGCCUGUCGUACGAGGGAGGGAGGGGAGGAUAGUCCACCUGGAUGUGUGCGCAGUGCAGUGACUCACCGCUAGAUGGCGUCCUCUUCCAGGUGCCACACCCAACGUUUGCACGUUUGUUUCCUGUUGGUGGAAGUGACUGUGGAUCUCAUUCCCAAUUCUGGAGGUUCUGUCAUUAAGUCCAAAGUGUCAGAAUUGUAUUGUAUUGUGUGUGUGUGUGGCUGAUUUAUAAUUAAAUA